CUAAGGAAGCUGAUGUGUUAUUCCCUCUUGCAAUCUGAGGAUCAGGAAGUUUAUGCUCUCUGCGUGGCUGAGAAGUUUUUUACCUAGUAGGACAGGGUGGGGUGGAAGAAACAGGUGUCGUCCUAACGCAGUGCAAGCUAUAACCUGCCUCUAGCCGUAACCCAGGAAUAAUCUCAGAAGAAAUAGGUGAGAAUGACAACAUUAACUCACCGGACCCGUCGCACAGAAAUAAACAAGAAUUCUGAAAAGAAGGUAGAAAGUGAGGAAGACACUAAUCAAGAGAGGAGUCUAGAUAAUGAAGAUUCUGGAGACUCAAAGGACAUCCGCCUCAGUCUUAUGGAAGAAAUAUUGCUCCUGGGACUAAAAGAUAAAGAGGGUUACACAUCUUUCUGGAAUGACUGCAUAUCAUCUGGCCUGCGAGGGGGCAUCCUAAUAGAACUGGCCAUGAGAGGUCGAAUCUAUCUGGAACCCCCCACCCUGCGAAAGAAGCGCCUCCUAGACAGAAAGGUACUGCUGAAGUCAGACAGCCCAACAGGUGAUGUGUUACUGGAUGAAACUCUCAAACACAUCAAAGCCACUGAACCCACAGAAACUGUCCAAACAUGGAUAGAACUACUCACUGGUGAGACCUGGAACCCUUUCAAAUUACAGUACCAGCUGAGAAAUGUACGAGAGCGAAUUGCAAAGAACCUAGUAGAGAAGGGCAUUCUAACUACUGAGAAGCAGAACUUCCUGCUGUUUGACAUGACUACUCAUCCAGUGACCAAUAUAACCGAGAAACAGCGACUAGUGAAAAAACUUCAAGACAGUGUUCUAGAGCGGUGGGUCAAUGACCCUCAGCGCAUGGACAGGCGAACGCUGGCACUCCUGGUGCUAGCUCACUCUUCUGACGUGCUAGAGAAUGUCUUCUCCUCACUGACAGAUGACAAGUACGAUGUGGCAAUGAAUCGAGCCAAGGACCUAGUAGAACUGGACCCGGAAGUGGAAGGGACAAAGCACAGUGCCACAGAGAUGAUCUGGGCUGUACUGGCAGCCUUUAAUAAAUCCUAGAGCCAGCACAUUAGCUUUCUCUUUUUCUCCUGCUGGCUGAUGACUGUUAGAGACCCUAUCACAGGGUUUUUGUGAUGAGAUUCAUCUUUAUGUUUUUGCUCUUGUUUGUUUCCUUGUUUGUUUGUUUGUUUGUUUGUUAACCUCUUUAAUCAAACUCAUUUGGGGACAGCAACUUUAGGGUUUCUCCAGAGACCUUGAAACCGCUAAAAGCAGACUUUCUCCCUGUGCUUCCACUCCAUACCCAUACACACCCAAUAAACAUUUUCUUCCA